GUGUGUUGUGUGUAUUUAAUUUGGCUAGCGAUCAGACCUACUGCACAUCACGUCUGAGUCUAUUAAAACCACCAGGCAGGGUUACAUAUACACUGUUUUAAUGUGGAUGUGUGUGUUGUGGGGAACAGUGCUACAGUCCUAGCAGCUAACCUGGUCGCUGCCACAGAGUAGCGUGUCGUUUUACAUUCUAUCACCACACCGGGAGAGGUCUUCUGUUCUGCUUUUAACACGACGUCCGGUGGAUCUCCCCGUCCAACAACGAGAUAACCAGGCCAUAGGACAGACUAGUCCCCGUUACUUACCAAACGGGUUCAAAUAAAUCAUUGUCUUUCGCGAUGGGGUGAACCACAUUGUGGUGUGUCUCUGACGCCUGGUACUGAGGAUGUUCACUGUAAACCGAGAUACGUCUUUAGGUAGGUUCCUUCCAGGGAUUGGGGGUCGAAUGGCGUGCCCCUUCAAUGUUAUGGCUCCGCUGAUAUGUAGGGGUUCUAUGUGGGAUUAGCAUGCUGCUCCAGCGGUUCUCCUCUUGACCCAUCUUUCCUCUUACGUGAGGGUUUUAUUGACGUCGUUUUAGAUCAGAGCUGCUGAUUGUUUACUACGUCCCCCCCCCCCCCCACCACCAAAGCCUAUUCUUAUUGUGCAAUACUACGACGUAAUCAUGUGUCAUUAUUGCAACAGCAGCGCCAUACUCAAGAGUGUGUGUGUGUGUAUGUGUGUGCUGUUGUGCAUGUGCCUUCAUGUUUGUAAGUACCUGCCCUCGAGUACCUGGCUUGGACUUUGACCUGAUUGCUCUGUGUGUACACUGGUCAGCUGGGCGGAGGAGAAUUCUGAGGGCCAAAUAAAACGAUGACCAUGCUUUUCUAAGUAGUGGUGUCAUUCAGCUGUCAUGCUGAUUAUUUUAAAUGGGGUUUUCAUUGUGAAUAAUUCCUCUGUACAGGGCUUGUUUUAACUUUGACCUCCAGCACCUGAUUAAGGCAUUUAACACAUUUGUCUGAGUGUAUCAUCAACAACUGGCCGGGUCCCUUGUUUGUUAGAAACAGAAGUCAUACGCAGCACCAUGAUCCCAGCUUGGUUGACAGUGACACACAUCCUUAAUCCAGAGGCUCUCUCGCUCUAUGAGUCAUCAUAGUGACAUUCACACUUUUGUUGCCGUUGUCGCUUCAGUGUGUUGCUGUGUUUUCUAAGCUAUUCUUCCAGUUAGUUUCCUGUUAGCUCUCCUCACAAGAGUCCCUAAUCAGUUGAAAGGCCGGAUACACUUUUGAACCGAUUGGCCUGAUUGGCUGUAGCCGAGCAGAGGGAUGGCCAGCCAGGCGCUAAGUGUUGAGGACUCGUCGGAGGACCAGGGGCGGAGCCUGUCCGCCGACAGCUGAGGACCGAGGAGCAAGCAGCCCGGGCAGAAUGACGCAGCAGGAGGGGCGACCCCCGCACCGCAAGUGAAGAGAACGUGAGGAUGGGGGCCAAUGGAUCCAGCUAUCCACACUCGAGCUCCCCUCGCAUCGGCGGCAACGCCCCGCCCCAGCAGACCUUUAUAGGUACCUCGUCCUAUUCCCAGCAGGGCUAUGGCUGGGAGUCCAAGCUGUACAGCCUGGACCACGGCCACGAGCGGCCCGCCGACCGCAAGAAGAAGAGCCUGGGCCUCGCCACGCUCAAGAGGCGCUUCAUCAAGCGCCGGAAGUCCAGCCGCUCGGCCGACCACGCGCGGCAGAUGCGCGAGCUCCUGUCGGGCUGGGACGUCCGCGACGCCAACGCCCUGGUGGAGGAGUACGAGGGCACGGCCGCCCUCAAGGAGCUGAGCUUCCAGGCCAGCCUGGCGCGGGCCGAGGCGCCCAGCCUGCAGCGGAACCUGGCCGCGCUCUACCAGCACAAGUACUGCACCGACGUGGACCUCAUCUUCCAGGACACCUGCUUCCCGGCCCACCGCGCCGUGCUGGCCGCCCGCUGCCCCUUCUUCAAGUCCCUGCUGUCGUCGUCGCCCGGCUACGGCGCCGAGGUGCUCAUGGACAUCGAGACGGCGGGCAUCGACGUGCCCAUGUUCUCGGCCCUGCUGCACUACCUCUACACGGGGGAGUUCGGCGUGUCGGGCGCCGAGGACGCCCGGCUGCAGAACGUGGACGUGCUGGUGCAGCUGAGCGAGGAGUUCGGCACGCCCAACUCCCUGGAGGCGGACAUGCGGGGCCUGUUCGACUACAUGUGCUACUACGACGCCCUGCUCAGCUUCUCCUCGGACUUCGAGAUGGCGGAGGGCUGCGGCGAGCGGCUCCCCGCCGGCGCCGUGGCCUCGGUCGGGGGGGGGCCGGGCUGCGGUGCGGCCCCCGGCGGCCCCGACGAGGACCUGCGGGCCCACAAGGCGGUGCUGUCGGCGCGCUCGCCCUUCUUCCGGAACCUCCUGCAGCGGCGCAUCCGCACCGGGGAGGAGAUGACGGAGCGCACGCUGCAGACGCCCACACGCAUCGUGCUGGACGAGUCCAUCAUCCCGCGCAAGUACGUGCGGGUGAUCCUGCACUGCAUGUACACGGACGCGGUGGAGCUGGGGCUGGUUCUGCGGGGCAGCCCGUCGGCGGGCAGCCUGGGGGAGGUGCAGGCCCUGGUGGCCGGCGGCCGGGGGGCCAGCACGCGGACCGAGGAGGCCAUGGAGCUGUACCACAUAGCGCUGUUCCUGGAGUUCAGCAUGCUGGCUCAAGGCUGUGAGGACAUCGUGGUGGAGAGCCUGGCGCUGGACUCCCUGGUGCCCAUCCUGAAGUGGAGCUCCCAGCCCUACGGCUCCAAGUGGGUACACCGGCAGGCCCUGCACUUCCUCUGUGAGGAGUUCAGCCACGUGGUCUCGUCCGACGUCCUGUACGACCUCAGCAAGGAGCACCUGCUUGGCGCCAUCCAGUCCGACUACCUGCAGGCGAGCGAACAGGACAUUCUCAAGUACGUUGUUAAGUGGGGCGAGCAGCAGCUUAUUAAGAGGAUGGCAGACAGGGAGCCCAACCUGCUGAGCGGAACGGCCCACAGCGUGAACAAGCGGGGCGUGAAGAGGAGGGACCUGGACGUGGAGGAGCUGAAGGAGAUCCUCUCGCCGCUGCUGCCCUUCGUCAGGACGGAGCACAUCCUGCCGGCCAGCAGCGACGUCCUGUCUGACGCGCUCAAAAGGGGUCUCAUCAGCACCCCUCCCUCCGACAUGCUGCCCACCGCUGAGGGGGGCAAGGCCCACUCGUGGUUGCGCCAGAAGAACUCGGGCAUCUACCUGCGCCCCCGCCUGUUCUCGCCCUACGUGGAGGAGGCCAAGUCCGUCCUGGACGAGAUGAUGGUGGAGCAGACGGACCUGGUGCGCCUGCGUCUGGUCCGCAUGUCCAACGUCCCCGACACGCUCUACAUGGUCAACAAUGCCGUGCCGCAGUGCUGUCACAUGAUCAACCACCAGCCAAUGGCGGGCAACCCGACGGCCGCGCCCACCGUGGUGGCCAAUGAGAUCCCAGUGCCCCGGCUGUCCGUGGUGAAGGAUAUGAUCCGCAGGCUGCAGGAGCUGCGGCACACGGAGCAGGUCCAGAGGGCCUACGCCCUGAACUGUGGCGAGGGGGCCACCGUCAGCUACGAGCUGCAGCUCCGCGUGCUGCGGGAGUUUGGCCUCGCUGACGGAGCCACGGAGCUGCUGCAGAACCCGUACAAGUUCUUCCCCGACGAGCGGUUCGGAGACGAGAGUCCGAUCCUGGCCCUCCGCCAGGUGGGUCGUUGUCGGGUAAACAGCAGCCCGGCCAUGGACAGCAUGUUCACCGAGCUGGAGGGGCUGGCCAGCUUCCACCCUCCCCUGCCUCCUCCGCCGCCCCCGUACCACCCGCCCGCCACCCCCGGCCAGGCCCAGCUCAAGGCGGCCUGGCGUCCCCGCGUGCCCGUGCCCACCCCCACCCGAUCCUUCUCCUACCCCUGUAACCGCACCCUGCACCAGCGCCACGCGCCCGGCAAGCACGGCAGCGCCGAGUACGCCUCGGUGCCCCGCCCCCAGCCCCCCGACUGCGCCAAGCCCCAGGCCAUGGGCCGGGCGCUGGUCUCAGAGCAGCAGGUGAUGGGCAUGGAGCCUGUGAUGAGGGAGUUCAUGCCUGACAUCGCCCUGGGCGUCUCCGUCAUGUCCCUGAGGGAGCAGCACAUGGCGGACAUGGAGAGGGAGGGUCCCCACAGUCCCAUGGGCCCCGCGGGCCACCACAUGCCCCACGGGCCCUGCCCCUCCGCCCGCCUGGGCCACGCCCACGGCCCCGGGCACGGCCACUCCUGCAAGCGGCACGCCCCCGAACCCAAGCUGGAGGCGCAGGCCGAGUUCCCUGACCUCUACGACUUCUCCUGCCGACCCGCCACGCCGACCUCCCUGCCCUCCUUCAGCGGGCCGGACCUCUACAGCCACAGCUGUAACCCCCAGGGCUCCUUCCCGCCCUCCUAUCUCUCCGACUCUCAGACCCAACAGGGCCACCCGUCGGGGGGCCGGGGGGGCCAGGACCCCCUCAGGCUGGACGUCCUGGGUCUGGGCUCCCAGCGGAAGGACGGGGCCCUGGCCAGCCCCUCCGGGCCCCAGCCUCGCGUCGGACACAUGCCCCGGGGCCGGUCCAACGAGACGGACCUGACUCACGGCCUGGGCCACCUGCGCUCUCCCAGCGGGAACCUGGACGGCUAUGAGGACCGGCACGCGGCCCCCCGGGACGCCCCCGAGGAGCUGGGGGUCACCGGGGACUCGUCGGGCUCGGGGGGCCACCUCCAGCAGCCUCACAGGAACAGUGUGAGCGAGGAGGCCGUCAGAGACCGCAGGUCACCCAGCAAGCCUGACUACCCUUACAAGAAGUCCGCACUUUAACCCCAGUGGAGGGACCGGGGUUGAAGCGUCACCAAGCUCAUUCGUUUUUGGGAGGGAAGGGGGCAGGGGUUGCCCCCCUGUGUUGUUGUUUUUUGUAACGGAUGGCAAAGCACUAACCUGUGUGUGAUUGUGUGCAUGUGUGUGUGUGUGAGCGGUUUUUAGAGGAAAGGGAAAAGGCUUGUUGUUCAUUUAGCUAUUUAUAGGUUGCAUCCUUCUGGCCUGCCCUUGUGCACAGCUUGUGCUUUCCUCCUCACGGUCUGCGGGGGUCAAGCUCCUCUGCCACUUGGUGGAAUGGAUCUGACCACAGCCAACCUGAUCCUGUGAGUCUGGAGCGGGGUGCUGUGUCCCAACAGAUGGAUUAGUGUAGCCAGUCUAUUUCUGAAGGUAAAGGUUAGCCAAACCAUUAACUCAGCUCCAGAACGGACCGACUUGUUGACUAUAGAUCCUACUGUUGAAUCCCCAAGUACAAAUACAAGCUGACUCAAUCCAAGUUUUAUCUUAAGCAAGCUCGUCAAACGGCACAGUCCCGCACAGAGAUGGCUUCGGAAUUAAAUAUGUCGUCACGCAUUACUUCCUCCCAGAUGAGUAUUUACAUUUCCUCCUUUAGCAUCCCUAUGGCAACUCACCUGAGAUCGAGGCCCCCCUCCCUGGGCCAGGGGCUGCCAGCACGCUAUUGGCAGGGCCUCGGUCAUGUGAGGCAGGAUUCGGAUGGGCCAGGAAGUAGGUCAACAGGCAGAGCGCGGCUCUUGGCAGAUGUCUCUCUGCGUUGUGAUGGCGACCCGCUCUGACUAAGUCUGCUUCUUCCCCAGCAGAGAGACGGGGCUCUGCAGAGGGAAAGGGGCAUGGGGGUCUUAUCGCCAAGUUCAUCACUAGGCCCAGUGGAGUAUAUAAGGGUACCAUGGCAACUUGAUGCACGGCGGUGUUUGGGCGUGGGGGUUGUUGUUUUAGCAGAACAGGUGUGGAUGUUUCCGUAUGCACAAACUGUUUUUUGUACGCGCAGGUGUUUGAACAAUCUCUGUACUGUACCCUCCCAUGUAGUCAGGUCUGUCUGUACAUAUCAGCAUUAGGCUCCGAGAGAGGUGAACCAUAGGGGAACCAGCCCUAACGGCCCUGGUCUUCCGCUCCCUGGUUUGAAAAAAGCAUUCAACGAUCAAAUCCAAAGCCUUAAUCAAUGCUUGGCUUAUUGAGUUUAAGCAUUUUUAUUUUAUCCUAAGUAUGAUGUCAUCCUCACUCCCCCUCCCUCCUUCUGAUGCGGUUAUUCUGUUCACUAUGAGCACAGACGCUUGACGAUUCUUCUGCAAUGGAGGUGUGGAAUUCACCAACCAAUUUUUGUAAAUAGUAGCCCUCAAUACCGCCACCUCAUGGCCAAGUCUGGACCUUCACAUCCAGGGGAAAUGCUGUUAAACAUACCAUAACUGUAGCAAAAGAAACUGGUGAAUGCAUACAUUUAGCGUGAAAAAAAUGAGCCUAUCAAAUACUUUAUUUUACUACGCACAACCUAUGAGACGGGAGCGGCAUUGCACUGUUGGAGCAACCCAUGUACGGUGAGCUAGAAGGAACAAAAAGUUCUAUAGUGAUGUGUAAACAAGCGUGUGUGAAUGCUGUCUGAAAGUUGGCUGACUGUAUUUUUUUUCCAUGCACCGUUGAUAUUGUAAAUAAUCGAUUUAAGUCCCAUCACAUUUUGAUUGUUAAUUGUCCGUCACAUUUUAGUGGUUGAAAGUUGGUGUUUGUACUGUAGUGGAAGGCACCUUGUACACCCUGUCUACGUCCCUGAAUCCUCACCAUGAAUGGGUGGUAUAAAUCAUUAACCAUCUUGUCCCAGAAUCCUUUGUCUUGUUAAAUGUAACACAUUCUAGGGCCCAUGUUCAAUAUUGUAGAUGGUGUGGAUUACCGUGUUUUCGUUUUCUAGGUGAAUGUUAUUUUUCUUCCGUGGUGUCUGAGUACCAGGAGUCAGAAAAGGGUCUGAGGAUUAGUAGUUCUAUGCUUAGUGGUUGUGAAUUGGCCAUGUAUGAGGGGGGGGGGCGAGGGAAGAUCAUUUUUCCAUUCAGCUUGCAUCAUGGGGAAAAAAUGCAAAACUCCAGAUUCUUCCCCAUGUUCGCAUCGGGCAGUGUUUUCCUUUCCAGGACGGCGGUCCCUCGAGAAGAGGUUUUGUUCUGUUCUUCGCUGUAGAGGUCAGUGCCUUCCCCCGGCCGCUGCUGGGCUUCUAAAUGGAGAAGUGACUUUGAUGUCUAUGCAAGCCUUUUCUACCAGCUCAACCAGCCUGCGUCAAGUAGUUCUUUAAACACAUGUAGCUCCUUCUCUGUACAGUUUUAUCAUUUAGCACCUUUCUUUUGAAACAGAACCACCAUGAACAUGUGUGACUGCUUGUGUUGAAUUUAUAAAAAAAAAAAACAGGUACCCCCGUACUUGUGUGGUAUACAAAUACACCUUUUUUUAGAUUGAUGUACCAAGUUGCAUUUAGUUUCACUGAAUCUAUUUUUCUACUGUCACCUCCCAAAAGGUGCUUAACAGUGGUCAAUCCUGGCAUCCUCAAAAAUAAACUGGUUUGUUAUAAUGGAGUUCAGUCAUUUCACUUGGGUCUUUAAUACAUUCAGAACAUCUACGUGGCUGGUUAGAAGAACGUUUAACCACUAUCAGCAAUAUUUCACAUCAAUGGUGCAGAGUAAACAGAUUUGGCUUCCACACCCGUCAGCAUCAAUAAGUCCAAACGUCACGCCGCACUAAGGAGCACUCUGCCUACUCAUGGAAAUCACAGGGGAAUGCACACUGGUGUUUCCCAGGCUGACAAAACGCUGUGUUCAUUCAUAAUGGACCGUUAGGUCUCCAAGGAGGCACAAAACAUGACUUAAAGCACACUAGGCAGAUGUUGACGAACCUCGUCUAAUGGUAAAAAAAAAAAGUGACUAAUUCAAGUAUGAACGAUGAAGGCAAGGUAGGCGUUAACAAACUUAUGGAUACCAGUACAUCUGGCUCUUCAAAUCCCCUUUACUGUUCAAGUAUCGGUAGCAGCACGUUUCUAAACGGUAUUGAACAGGAAAAGAUGGUCCCAGAUCAGUCCUAGGCACUGUAAGGGAAGCAUCGGUCCAGUGCCUCCUCAGUAGCCUGCGUUGGGUCGCCCCCUCUUCCUCGACUGUAGCCCCUCGAAGAACUGCUCUAUGUCCUCUGCUGUGACCACCUGACAGACGUUUGGAAAGGAGACUGGUUAAGAGUCUGCAGGAUGGGUUGGGGCUAUUUCUAAAGGACAGGAAGCUAUUCAAUGCCCUUCAAAGCACAGUUUAUUUUAGGAUCAGUCCUCACCUUAUGUUCAACGGCAUGCUGCUGCAGGAAUGUCGUCAGUUCUGUUUUUAGGUCAUUGUAAUCUAGGAAAAGUGGGAAGAUCUUUUUCACAUCUGGACCAGUAGCCUUUCCCGAUGCAAUUACAGUGUAUUGUUUCGGCCAAUUAAAAGCCCUUGUGUCUGUCCGGAGCCCAGAACUCACGGUAAAUCAUCUCCAGCUGCUGCACGUGGUCCAGGGAGCUCAGGAAUGACAUCAGCCGGUCCUCGCCCAGCGGCUGCGCCCGGCCGCUGUUCUCGUAGGCCAGCACCGUGUCCGACUCAUCCAACAGGAACUGCACCUCCGCCUUCACAUAGGCCCUCUGUGGAUGAGCCCAAGGACACAGGAUCAUCUCGGGUGGAAUCAAAUGUUCUCUCUGAGUCGAUCACAGACAUGCACGCAGGGGGAAGAGUCAUGCUUUUUUUUUUUUAAGCCUACCUUGCAGCUUACACAGGUGC